UCUUACGUUUCUACACUCACUGCAGAGUUUCGCUUCCAGAAGGGAUUUGAAAGUCACUCAACGAGAAACUCUGUAAAAGCUCUUUCCAUUUGUAUCUCGGAUGACCGACUGGAAAAGAGAAAGCAGCCAGGUAGCACAAAGGAUGGGACCACCAUGUUGGCCAGGCUGGAUCCCAGAGCAGCUGGGCAGCGAGAGGGCUCAGACCAGUGGGGUGGGACACGGGGAAGCUUGCGUGUGGAGGAGAGGCACGGGGACAGCCAUGAGAUCGGGCGCACAGGCUGCUGGAGAAGCAAACAGAUCUGAAAAUCUCAACUGCUCAGAAGGUUCUGAGUAAAAACAAAGGGUGAUUUUUUUCCCCCUUGUCAGCCUUCCCUCUCAGGACAUUGUACUAUAUGCAAAAUGUGUAACUGUAAGACAAACAUUUUUUUCCACUGCCCUUCUCAGCCCCACGGGCCUUCAGGAAGACCUGCACUUCAAGCAAAGCCUUUUUAUUUUCAACACCCACAGCUUCCAUUCCACAAUCAGAAGUUUUCCACCUUCAUCAAAGAGACUGAAGACAGAGGCCAAGGGAGCACUGUGUUCUCAGCAGUGCUGGGCAGGUUACGGCGCCCCCCACUACCCACUCACUGUCCAUGCUCACCUCCGGACACAGCCUUCUCACCAGAUCAGCUAGGACACUGGCUUGCUUCAUUCCCACCUCAGUUCCCAGGCCAAAUGAACACGUGCACCCACUCCUUCCAAAACUGAGCCCGACUUGGGGUCCAGGGGGUGUCUGCUUCCUUGACUGUGACGUAGGUAUACUUCAUACCACUCUAGGUAGCCCAAGAAAACAAUUUACCUCUUGAUGGCUCCUCCAUCUCCAGGAUCUGUGAUUUUAUGGAUUCACUGGGAAGGAAUAUUCAGACCAAUUCCUAGAGUCUGACCCAGCUCAGGCGAUGCUCGGCAGUCUGGGUUCACUGCAAUUGCAGCAGGAGGAAUCAUCCAAGCUUGGCUUUGGAUACAGGGUAUUUCCUUAGGAGGAGCUGGGCUUUCUGCUGGCUCUCUGAGAUACAGUGCAACCAAAAAUGCGCAGAAAGGCAGGGGAGGGCAGGCGCUUACAGAGAAUUGGGUACUUCCGAAUGAAGUUUUCAAAGACCCACAUCUGGAGGCACGAGCUCUGCAGUGAUUCAUAUUUUAAAAGGGGUGUUGAAAUGGAGAUUGUUGGUAACUGCGGAUGUGACAACUCUGUCCCCUAGAGAAUCUAUUAUAGCUGUCCAAAUUCUAAGACUCGGCCCAGGGCACCACUGGGAAUGGUUGACGGGGAUGGGCCAACACCUUUGCCCAGCCUAUCCCCAUUCACAGAGCGCCCUCGCUUGACUCUCUCAUGUGAAAUGCACAGUGUGUGUCCAUGCGUGGGGGGGAAGGGAGGGACGUAAGGACCUGCACAAGGCCCCAAGGCCAAUAGCAGACAGGGCUGAGAGCAGAACUCAGGUUUUCAGCCUUCAAGCGCCGGGAUGAUUGAACAAAUUAACAUGGGCCGACCGGUAUGGCUACGCACCCGGGUGAUGUCAUUGAUCGACAAUUGCCACUUUGAUCGAAACAGCUUUCGUGCUCUCUGAUCCUCAGUUUCGCCAACCGUGGAAAGGAAAUGUUCGCUGCGUCAGAGGGCAGAGGUGAGACCGGAGCAAGGCAAGGUGCAAAGCCCGUUAACACCAGCAUUGCGCCUGAGAUGGUCGAGCUUCAGCUGCAACAGUCACACUCACACACGCGCCCACCUCACACCACACAUAAGACACACACAACAUGCACCCCACAUCGUGGACGCGCAGCACACGCGCGCCACACGUGCAUACCACACGCCCACCGCCCCCCACGCUGCACCUGCUCCCCGCACAGAACACGCCUCCCACGUUCUGCACCACCCGCUUCCCCACCCCAGCGCCCCCGCCCCCGCCAGGCCCUUCCCCUUUCUGGGAGUGUGCUGGUGAACCCAGGUUUGUCUGCAGGCAGCAGGAAUUUUUGUUGAGAAGAUCAGUGUUUCCAGAUCCCUGCUCUCUUUGAAUCCGCCCCCACAUUUCAUCCUGCCCGUGGCUUGCCCUGUCCGGAUAAAACUCCCCAUUUGUGGGCUCUUUCUUCCCAGGUAGCUGGUAGCACGUGCAGUUUUCAGCAGAAGCUGAUAGGAUCAGACUGAACCCUUUUGAGUCCUUAUAGCCCAGUGCCAGGACCCCAGCUUCUCCGAGGCCCCGCAAAGAGACAUUUUCUGCCGAGGUCUUCUGAGCUGCAGGCCUCGCUAAAGAGAAUUUGCGGCUUCUCGAGCAGGAAGGCGUUUUGUGGCUGAGUCUAAAUGAAACAGAAGUCGCUUUGUGCACACACACACACACACACACACACCCCGGAGUAGGGAAACCGUCAUUUUCUUACUCGCCCUCUGACAUUAAUCACCUUCUCUGGAGCUGUAGUUGCUCUGGACUCAGAUUCAUCCCUGGCUGGCAAUGAAAAAUGAGCCUCUCCCCCACCCUUGCUGCCGCCUUUCGCCUCACGCCCCCAGAGAAGAGUUUCUUCGUGUGGCAGCCGGUGAAGGUUUUUUUCCACGUCACAUGAUUCAGGAUGCAGGGGGAGAAUCCUUCUUGGAACAGAGAUGGGCCCAGAAGUGAAUCAGAUGAGGACAGAUAAGGUGUGCUGUGGGAAGACUAUAUAAGAAUGGACCCAGGGCUGCAGCAAGCACUCACCCGAGUGGCCCCUUCUCAAGACACAGCCAUGCAUGUGCCAGCAGGCCCCGUCGCCAGCCACUUGGGAACCACGAGCCGUGGCUAUUUCUACUUCACCACCACCGCGCUGGCUCUGUGUCUCGUCUUUGCUGUGGCAACCAUUAUGAUGUUGGUAGUUCAGAAGACGGACUCCAUUCCUAACCCACCAGGAAAAUUCCCCCUUAAAGGAGGAAAUUGCUCAGAGGACAUCUCAUGUAUACUGGAAAAGGCUCCAUUCAAGAAGUCAUGGGCCUACCUGCAAGUGUCAAAGCAUAUAAACAAAUCCAAGUUGUCUUGGAACAAAGAUGGCAUUGUCCAUGGAGUCAGAUAUCAGGACGGGAAUCUGGUAAUCCAGUUCCCAGGUUGGUAUGUCAUCAUUUGCCAACUGCAAUUUCUCGUGAGAUGCCCAGAACAUUCUGUUGACCUGAAGUUGGAGCUUCUCAUCAACAAAGACGUCAAAAAGCAGACGCUGGUGACAGUGUGUGAGUCUGGAGCACAAACCAAAAACAUAUACCAAAAUCUCUCUCAAUUCUUGCUGGAGCACCUCCAGGUCAACACCACCAUAUCAGUCAAGGUGGAUAAAUUCCAGUAUGUGGAUACAAACACCUUUCCUCUUGAGAAUGUGUUGUCUAUCUUCUUAUAUAGUAGUUCAGACUGAACCAUUUCUUCUGGUCUUCAGGAAGAAAGCCACUCUCUACCAUACAGUACUUCAUCCAUCCAAACACUUGGGCAAAAAGAAAACUCUAGAUCAAGACUGAAACCAUAAAGUGUAUUAAAUAAUAUGCUACUCCUUCUGUCUCUUGGGAAGAUACAGCUCCAGGGUUAAAAAAAAAAAAAAAAAAAAACAGUUUUGAGUGAAGUAUCUUUCAAAUAGAAGGCAGGGAAGCAAGACAGUAUGGUGGGAAAAGCCCCACAUGGGUAUCAGAAGGGAUGAAUUUAUGCCCUGGCCCAACCACUAA